UUUUUUUUUUUUUUUUUUUGGAAUCGAUCGUUUAUCACCAUAACCCCUACUCCCUCCACUUUAAACCAAACCUAACCAGAGACAUCCCCAAACAAACUCGCCGAGCACUUUUUCCCUCCCGCCCUGCAUAACUCCGGCAGCGUCUCCCGCUCCGAUCUCAAGCCCUCCGCGCCUUGCUGAGGAGGAGGAGGAGGAGGAAGAGCAGCGGCAGAGCAGAGCGCUGAAGAUGGAGGUGUCCACGGACCAGCCGCGGUGGGUGAGCCACCACCACCCGGCCGUGCUCAAUGGGCAGCACCCGGACUCGCAUCACCCCUCGCUUGGCCAUACCUACAUGGACCCCACGCAGUAUCCUCUCGCCGAGGAAGUGGAUGUACUUUUUAAUAUCGACGGACAAGGCACCCCCGUCCCGCCGUAUUACGGCAACUCCGUGAGAGCCACGGUGCAGAGAUACCCCACGGCCCACCACGGGAGCCAGGUGUGCCGCCCCCCGCUGCUGCACGGCUCGCUGCCCUGGCUGGACGGGAGCAAGGCGCUGAGCAGCCACCACAGCGCUUCGCCCUGGAACCUCAGCCCCUUCUCCAAGACCUCCAUCCAUCACAGCUCACCGGGACCCCUUUCCGUCUACCCACCCGCCUCCUCUUCCACUUUAUCCGCCGGCCACUCCAGCCCGCACCUUUUCACCUUCCCGCCGACCCCUCCUAAAGAUGUGUCCCCGGAUCCGUCCAUCUCCACCCCCGGCUCCACCGGCUCCACCCGGCAGGACGAGAAGGAAUGCAUCAAAUACCAGGUGUCCCUGGCCGAUACCAUGAAGCUGGAGUCCUCUCACUCUCGGAGCAGCAUGGCCUCUUUAGGAGGAGCCACCUCCUCCGCUCAUCACCCCAUCACUACCUACCCACCGUAUGUCCCAGAAUAUGGCUCUGGACUUUUUCCCCCCAGUAGCCUCUUAGGAGGAUCGCCAACCGGGUUUGGGUGUAAAUCGCGACCAAAAGCACGGUCAAGCACAGAAGGCAGGGAGUGUGUAAAUUGUGGGGCUACCUCAACCCCUCUGUGGAGAAGAGACGGCACUGGACACUAUUUGUGUAACGCCUGUGGACUCUACCACAAAAUGAACGGGCAGAACCGGCCCCUGAUCAAACCCAAGAGAAGACUGUCUGCAGCCAGGAGGGCGGGCACGUCCUGUGCAAACUGUCAGACCACCACUACCACCCUGUGGAGGAGAAAUGCCAACGGCGAUCCCGUCUGUAAUGCCUGUGGGCUCUACUACAAGCUGCACAAUAUUAACAGACCCCUGACUAUGAAGAAAGAAGGAAUCCAGACCAGAAACCGAAAGAUGUCUAGCAAAUCCAAAAAGUGCAAAAAGGUCCAUGACAACCUUGAAGACUUUCCCAAGAGCAGCUCCUUUAACCCCGCCGCCCUCUCCAGACACAUGUCCUCCAUCAGCCACAUUUCACCUUUCAGUCACUCCAGCCACAUGCUGACCACACCGACACCGAUGCAUCCUCCAUCCAGCCUCUCCUUCGGACCUCACCACCCUUCCAGCAUGGUCACUGCCAUGGGUUAGCAAGAGACUCCCCUGCUGAAUGCUUACAGUCUCAAAAUGAGAUUUACUUUAUAUACUACUUGCAUUUUUGCAGGCAUGUGGUUAUGGGUCUGACGUCCCGAAUUGAAUGGGAGGGGGAAAAUUAAAAGAAUUUA